ACACAGAGACAGAAAACAGGGUAAACACGUGACAUGCAGCUCCCGCUCCCUCUCUAAUUUUCUUUUGUUUAGCACAGCCACUCGGUUUAUUUUUCACUUCUCGAUGCAAGCAGGCUAUCAAUAAAUGCCAGUUCUUAAUUGCAAGUAAAUUUUUUUCUCAUUUUUGCGCUGGAAAAAUCCUCAAGUUUGGGUAUUACCGGAACACACCCUGUUUGGAGCUACAGUUAAUGCUAGCUACCCUGAGCUUCGAAACCACGGUCUGGGGGCAGAAAUCAGACAAAAGGACACUUGGUCAGAAGAUAGAAGAGCACCAACCAACAAUCGGAGGUGACCAAUCGGACCAAUCGGAACCAACAAUCAAGAACAUUUACAGCAUUAAGACAAUGGCAGUCCAACCUAAUCAAGUGAACAAGGUGUUCUAUGACCCCGUUCAUGGCCACAUUGCAUUGGACCCUCUGCUGGUGUCAAUAAUUGACACUCCUCAGUUUCAGCGCUUGAGGAACAUUAAACAGCUUGGUGGAGGCUAUUUUGUCUUUCCGGGAGCUUCUCACAAUCGCUUUGAGCACUCGAUUGGUGUGGCUCAUCUGGCAGGGAAGCUUGUCCAAAGUCUGAGAACUGAUAAUGAGUUGAAUAUAACUGAUACAGAUGAGCUUUGUGUGAAGAUCGCAGGAUUGUGUCAUGACCUAGGUCAUGGUCCGUUCUCUCAUGUGUUUGAGGGAUUUAUGAAGGAAGAGAACCCAGGAUCAAACUGGAAGUGUGAAAAUAAAGCUCUGAAAAUAAAUCUAAACAAAUCUAUUGAUUGCAUCACACAGUGGUCAUAUACAGGAAGGCCACAGGAGAAGUCCUACCUGUAUCAGAUUGUGAACAAUCAGACAACCGGCAUUGAUGUAGACAAAAUGGACUAUUUCAGUCGGGAUUGCCACCACCUGGGUAUUAAAUGGGUCAUUAUCAUUAUAAAGUGCCUUUGA